AUGCUGAGCAUACGGCUCGCCCGGGUCGAGGACCUCACCGCGAUGCAAGCGUGCAACCUGCAGAACCUGCCGGAGAACUACACGAUGCGCUACUAUCUCUUCUAUCUCCUGUCGCACCCGCAGCUCUCUUACGUGGCGGAGGACGGUGGGCGGAUCGUGGGGUACAUACUCGCGAGGAUGGACGAGGACGUCGGCGAAGGCGAGGAGGCGCACGGGCACGUCGUCUCCAUCUCCGUCCUGCGCUCGUACCGCAGGCUGGGGCUCGCGAAGCGGCUCAUGCUGCAGUCCCAGCGGGCGAUGGCGGAGGUGUACAACGCCGGGUACGUGAUGCUGCACGUCCGGAAGUCGAACCGGGCAGCGAUCGGGCUGUACCGGGACACGCUCGGCUUUCGGGUGCAGGAGACGGAGAAGGGCUACUAUGCGGAUGGGGAAGAUGCGUAUGUGAUGCGGUGUGUCCUGAAGAAGGACGAGGUAUGA